GCAAAGGAACUCCAGUUUAAAACCACGCAAUUCAAUGGACGUGGACUGGACUAUUCGGUGCUAUUUUAUAAAUUUCAUUAGGCAGAGUGGCGACUUAGUUGUGAGUAAACAUACAUCAUGUUGCGUUGUAAAGCGCCAGUCCUAUGGACUCGCAUUUAGCAGUGAAUCCCGUUUAAUUUACUAGGAUGUUUAGGGGGAUGUCCCUGAUGAUGCCGUGUAUACACAAGGCGCGGGAUGUCAGAAUAUCCCAGUUCAGUGUGGCUGUCAGACAUAUCUGAAAAAAUCUGCAGCAGCUCUCAAAACGAGGCUCCAAAGCAUGUUUUUGCAGGCACUCGCUCGGGCAGCUUCGUCCGGGAGCCGCUUCGAGAGAAGGACCUUUUGACAGCACCAUGCGCCGGAAGAAGUCAUCGACAGGAGAUGGUGGAGUUGUAAUGGGUAGUGGUGGAUCUCUGGAGCUGUGUGAGGAUGACUUCCUUCAGGGUGCCAGUAAUUGAUGUCCAGAAUGAUAACUUCAAGGAGCUCUGGCCAUCUAUGCUCUUGGCCAUCAAAACUUCUACUUUCAUUGCUCUUGAUACGGAACUUAGUGGGCUUGGAACAAGAAAGAGUUUGUUAAACCAGUGCAUUGAAGAACGGUACAAAGCUGUAUGCAAUGCUGCUAGAACACGCUCUAUCUUAUCGUUAGGAAUUGCUUGUUUCAAACAGCUACCUGAUAAGUUGGAAAAAACUUACCUCUCCCAGAUCUACAAUUUGACUCUGCUGUGUAUGGAGGAAUACAUCAUUGAACCACAGUCAGUUCAAUUUCUUGUGCAACAUGGAUUUGACUUCAACAAGCAGUAUUCACAGGGCAUUCCUUAUCAUAAAGGCAAUGACAAGGGAAAUGAAAACCAGAGCCAGACAGUCCGUACUUUUUUUCUGGAACUCAUCCGAGCCAGGAAGCCACUGAUUCUACACAAUGGCUUAAUUGAUAUGGUUUUCUUGUACCAGUGCUUCUAUGCUCACCUACCUGACAAUUUAGGCACCUUCACUGCUGAUCUUUCUGAGAUGUUCCCAGCUGGUAUCUAUGACACGAAGUAUGCCUCUGAGUUUGAGGCUCGCUUUGUGGCCUCCUACCUAGAGUAUGCCUACAAAAAGUGCAAACGGGAAAACUGCAGGUUGAAGGAUGCCAAAAAACAGCAUCUCAACGUAGAGUUUUGCAACUAUCCUGCCAACAUAGCUUCCUACAUCGACUACCGCUUCUGCUCCUUGUCUGAUGCCAGUCAGCUUGGGAUUGAUACAGCUAACAAGAUUCCCAUCUGCCAGACAUUUUCUGCCUAUGGCUGGUGUCCAGAUGGGCUGAAGUGUUCACAGUCACACAACAUUGAUUUAAUCAUUAGUGAAGAUGAGAUUGUCAAAGAACAGAGGAGGAAGAAAAGGAAGCAGAAAUGGAAACGUCGGAAGAAUCUCGAGGCGUUCCCAAAGGAACCUGAGUUGGAUAGCCUUGAUAAGGAUGGAGAGGUAGCUCGGAAUACGGAGAAUGGACCCCCUUCCAAACAGUCCUGUCCUGGCAGUGCAGUUACUCUUCAUGUGGAUUGCACAGGCCCAGAGCCUGAGUCUGGUAACGAGGAGAGCUCUAUGGAUGUGGAACGAGAAUUGGGCUUUGACAGUGCAGCCGAUUCCAAGAUGGAUGAGGAACACAAUGAGGACAGCACUUCACUACCAUCCAAAGAUCAGCAGGAGGAAAGGGCAGCAGGGACUGAGGAACUGGGGCCCAAAGGACAGCUGCAGAGUAUUUCUGCAGUGACCUCCUCACCUACCACAUCAAAGCCAUUGGCACACCUGCCUAACUGUUCAGAAGGGGGAAUUCACCGGGCUGGCUUUGACGCCUUCAUGACUGGUUACAUCAUGGCAUAUGUCCAUAUGCUCAAGAAUGAUGAGCACACAGACUCAGGUGGAGGUACUUGGUUGCCAGACUGUCACAACAAACUGUACCUCAGUGGGAAGUCUGUGCCUCUUCAUAUUGUGAAAAGUUUGUUCUCUAAAUCUUCUAAGGCUCAUAGCCAGAAGAUGAAAUUGGCUUGGUCCAAUACCUUGAGCUAGAAGCCCUCUCAACAGAUUCUAGAUUAGUACUGUUGGGGGAGGCGUGGGGGGAGAGUUGAGUGCUCCACCUGUAGCUACAAGCAAGUGCAGUUCUAUAGGCUUCAAUAGACAACUUCAUGGGAACAUGCUAUAUGUGGCUGUUUUAAAAUGUCUGCACAAUUAAACUACUCUGUACCCUUA